AUGGCAACACGUCACCAGUUCCAAACAGACGUUGCUCCUGACAUAACAGUUUGUUCCUGUAUCCGAAAUGACUUCAGAGUAAGUAAACACUCACUGACUUUAUAAAUGAGAAAAUUGUCUUCAUUGUCACGCAUAUAUCUGAAGUUUUUCCCCCUGUAGAACUCUAUUAAUCUCGCGUUAUUUGUGUUUGAUACAUGGCUCGAAAAAAGUCGUCUUUUGCUAGCUAACUUUGGCUAACGUCCACGUAAGUUAGUCGACGCUUAUAACGGUUUCUCGAAGUUCUGGUCAAAAAGCUUAACAUUGUGCCGGGUUUUGUUUCCAUUUCUACCAGAAAAGCCACAUCUCUCAUGACUAACGAUCUCCAGUCGACAGAAUCUGGCAAGUAACAAUGCCAAUGUAACACCUUACCUGUAACUCAUGAUGUGCUGGAUUCUGGUGAGGGGACGUUACCAGGAUAAAACUGACCUGGAAUAAGAAGUACAUGUUAUAGUCUAGUUUAAUAAAAGAGGCAAAUGUAAAUGUUGCAUUUUAUUGUUAAUUAUUUAUUGUUUGUGUGUUUUAAUGGUAUGCAUGGUAACAGGGCGCCAGGGAAUAAAUGGCCUCAUCUCCCAGAUCCCAGGACUGUCCCCCUUCAUCAGCACUCUACCUGAAGAGAGGGUCCGAGGACGGAGGGCCGGGGUGUUUGAGGGUGAUUCUGACUAUGUCAAACUUGCAAAACAAGGGGGACACAAAGGUAAAGCCACCCUGAUUUAUUAUUUCUAGAAACAUUACCCUGGAUGUUUAACCAAUGUAUUUAAAAAUAUAUUUAAUUUUGCUCUUUUCAACCUGGUUCAUCAGGGCUUUUGUGGCAUCAAGACCCAAAUACUGCAACACCUAACCCAUACAAACCUCCAGACUGGUUCAGAGCAUCAGGAGACAGCGCUGAACAAAGGUACUUACAGGCAUUUGUCUUAUCAUCACACACUCUGACUUGUAGUAAGUCUAUGUUAAAAUAAAAAUUAAAAAAAUAAUUUUCUAUUAAUAGGUCAGUGACAAAUAAGGGUUUGUAUCAUGAGUAACUCAAAAAUGUUUCAAUGAAUUGUUUUCAUUGUUUCAUAUCAUUUCAAAUAGCAUUUAAACCUUUUUUUUUUACAAAAUGAAUGAUGGACUUCCCUUGAAAAUGUCUAGUAGUGUAACAACAACAAAAGGGGAAAUAUGUAAUACUUAUUUCCACCUAUGGUGUAUUCAAGAGUACUUUUUUAAAAAAUUGCUUAAUCAUAAUGUAUCAGUUGAAAAUACAUUUUGUCAGUUUUUUUUUUUUUACAAAGAAAUUAGACGCAUUUUUGCAAUAUGGAGCAGGAGAAAUGCUGAAAACGGCUGGCAUUUUCUGAAUAAUAUUUGACAAAUCAUGUAGAAACUAUCCUAUUCACUAACAUAAGAUAUAUGUUAGUGCAUUGCAGUAGAGGAGUACAUUCCAGUCCCCAUGCAUUUUCUCAAAUAUUAAAUUUUUUUAAUGAAAAAUACUGGUUACACCAAUUGACACAAACCAGUUACUGAGUUUUUAUGGUUACACCACAUUGACAUUUUUCCCAUUAUUCCCUGAAUAUUCUCUCAAAAUGUAUAAAAUCUAGAAAUUUUAGACAAGGUCUUCAAAAAGAGAAUGUAUCCAAGUAACUGGUGAGUAUAUCUUUGAAUGUUAGCCUUUUUAAAUUUAAGUAAACCAUGGGAACAAAAAAAAAAAACUGUCAUGUCAUUGACCCUAAUACAAACUGUGUAAAUAUUGUUUAUGACUAAUUUUAAAAAUGCUUUUGAGUUGAAGGUUUCACAUUAACAGUAAUAAUUACAGCCACACUGCCCAUUUUUACUGUUUAUCCCUCAUUUUAUAAUCCAGCCAUGAUAAAGCAAAGGAUACUUUUCAUAUCCCUAUAUUGUUUUUCUCCAACAGUCUAAUUAACUGUGCAGAGAAGAAAAACCCUGGAGCUUUUCAACCGCUAGAGCCCCCCUUUGGGACUGACAAUAUGUCAGCCUGGGAGAGGGAUGAUAACAGCAGCAAUGGCAAAGAGAAGGUAAACACAGAAAUGCCUGAGUCAUUUCAGAAAGCAAUUUAGCCAAAAUAAACCACCAAAUUAACAUUUUGUUUUAUCUUCUGUGUUAUUGUUUAACACUGGUUUGACCCUAUUUUCAUGAUGGAAAUUUAAGACAUGCCCCAGUGCUUCACUUCUCAUUUAAUCAUUAACUUGAUCAUGAUUCGAUGAGAGCUUAAAUGGCAUAUUUGCAAUAUUUCAUUAACAAAAUAACUAUCUGUAAGUUUGCCUUUUUAUUCCACAGAACAACAACGUGCAACACAGCCAGAUGGAGAAAAUGCAGGCUUCAAAUCUGUAUCAUGAGACCAGUAAAUUCAAGAGGAUGUAAGUCUAUAAGACCACAAGAUGGCGCUGUUGUUCACUUUACUCUCCGUAUGAGUGGCUAGUUUAACAGCAAGUGCAAGACUCACAGGAACACACCCUGAAAAGAAAACAGAUUUAUGAUAGAUCAGUUAGCUCGUUGUGUCAAACCACGUGAGAGGUUUUUAGUGACAUUUGUGGUCAUUUGUACAGAUCAGUUAUUACAAAAGUUUAAACUCAAUUUAGCUAAACAUUUCAAAGCCAGCAUUUCUGUAUGCGUUAAUCAGUAAUGAUAGAUAUACAUUGAAAAACAUUACCAAGGUGGAUGUAGGAAAGUUCGGUUCACAAUUUUUUAACUUAUAUAUCCAAAUGAUGUUAGAACUAGGGUUGCAGUAGGACACACCAACCAGCUAACAAUUAUUUAGAAGAUAGUGCAAAAAAUGGGGUGAGAGUUGGGAGUGACAUGCAGGAAGGUGCCAAAGACUAUAGUCAAACCAGGGCUGCCCACUGGAGGAUCACGGUCACUGUGUAAAGGGUGCAUAACCAGCCCACCCAAUCUGUGCACAUUUUAAACCGAUGCCAGCAACAUGUUUAAAAGAAGUUGGGUUGGAGGCGUAUUUACUGUGUACCUUUGUGUUGUAUCACCUCUUAUUCAACAACCCUCUGUAAACAUUUGGGAACUGACAAGACUCUGGAGUUCUGAAAACUAAAUGUUACACAUUAUUGCUCGGAUAGAAUUUCAGCUGCUCAACAGUUUAGGAUCUCCUUGUAGUACUCUUUGUUUGUUGAUGUGCCAAAUGUUUUGGUAGGGGACAAGUCAGGACUGCGGGCAGGCCAGUUUAUCACCCGCAUUCUUCUACAGCAGAGCCAUGCUGCUGUAAUAUGUGCAGAAUGUGGUUUGGCACCGUCCUGCUGAAGUGUGCAAGGUGUUCUGUGAAAAGGAAUUGUCUGGCUGGCAGCAUAUGUCACUCCAAAUUGUUUACUACUCAGCAUUAAUGAUAUGUUCACAGAUGUAUAAGCUACCCUUGACAAAGAUGGUACAGUUCUGAUGUGUAUUUGUGGGUACAUCAACAAACUGUGGUCAAAGAUAGUGGUUUUGAAAUGUAAUUCCAAGUCCAUGUGGUGAUUUCCAACACAUAGUCAUGUCUAGUUUUCAUGCAAAGCUGUGCACAGAUCAGAGUACAAUAUUGAUUUGAUUUUAUCUAGAGAUUGUGUUUCGAGAAAUCUUCAAAUACAGAGUCUUUGAGUGAUAUAUAUUACAGAUGUCCUUGUCCUGUUUUUUCCCCAUCUAUAUUUUAUUCUUUUGUAUUGUGUAUGUAUCUAAGGCUAACAAGUACACAGAAAAUUAUGGAGGAAAUUUUGCACUGAAAAGAUUAUCCUAUCAUCUGUGUCAUAUUAAACCCAGGCUGCCAAAAGCCAAUACACUAAACACACAGAUCUUGCAUUGAGAACUGAAAAAAAAUCCCCAUUCUCCUUUCAUUUAAAGCCAACUGAAUGGAUAACUUUGCGGCCUGGAUGAAUCAUGGGAACAAUUAAAACAAGCAAAACUUCUUUCAAUGUACAUAUUUGCUCUAGACAGACGAAGCGUCUAGACAAAUCUGGACUUUGGCCUGUUUGCUUUGGCUUGCUGCUAAUCUGUGCUUUGUGUCUCAUGUACGUUCUGUGAAAUGUCAAUGACCUGUCAAAAACCCAAAAUGACCUCUGGUACAUACCUCACACCAGAGACAACAGUCAAAACCGAAGUGGGAGCACAUGUACUGUUGAUACUGCACGUCAACAAAGCACGCAGUGGAACCUCUGCAAAACAAAGUCAGACAACAAUAAAGCAGAAAACAGGGGCAGUCAUUUAAGUCAACACAAUGCAACCACUAUCUGGUCUGAGAGGCUUUAAAUUUGCAGAAACAGGGUUGACCAAUGCAACAUAAGGCUUUUUCUGACCUUUUGGACUGAGAUAGAUCGACAUCAGACUUUUUAGGAUACCGUUUGUUGACUCAGUGCAAUAUUUUGUACGCCUGUAAUGAGUAGCCAAAGUUUGCUCACAAUGUUGCUUAAAGUGUCCUGAGCCUGUGGCCAUGACAAAAUAUUACAUAACAUUUGUAACUACAUGAGAAUUUCUUGGUUUUAUCUCCACAUUAUAAAAAUGUAUUUUCCAUCCAAGUUGAUCCUGUUCAUUUUUGUGUUCUUACAGAGUUUUUGACAAGAAAGCCCCUCCUGUCAACAUGUCUAAGCUGCUGAGUUUUGGCUACUUAGAGGAUGACAAGGCAGAAUUAUCCAACACUGAUUUGUCAAGUAAGGAGCCCGGUUUGAGUUCAAUCCUUCAUGAGAUCAUAAAUAUGUUUCUGCCUUGCCUUCUCAUUAGGCAGUCAUAAUUCACCUCUGUUGCGUUCAAAGGAGCUGGAGCCAAGCGGUUGUAUCGAUUUAUGAGGCUCGAUAAGUGGAUUUAGCACAUGAUGAAAUGAUGUACAUGAAAUUUCUGUAAACAUUCAAAUGGCAGCCAUUAAGAAUUUAUGAUACCUUUUAGCAGUUUAAUGUUGAAUGCAUUAUUUAAUGAUGUGAUAUUGGCUAAUGCUGGUGCACAUUUCCCUGUCAACAGAUUAGAGGACUGCCAGUGCGUGGGAAAAGGAGAUACAAGCUCCAAGGCCUCUAGAAAGGAGUAGUUGCCAUCAUAUCCUCCAACAUUUCUGAUUUUGUUCACAUCAAAUGUUCUACUGUUUUUUUAAUAUUCUAUGUAUGUCAUGUUUUACUCAAGUGUGAAUGUAAUUGAUUUGAUUAAAGUAGCAGUCUAAAGAUUUUUUAUUGCUAGUUAUGCAUUGUUAAAAGCGCCUAAAGGAGGCAUAGACUACUCUGGUGUUCAUUUUGUUGCUGUGCUUGUAACUAUAACAAAGUUGAAUAAAAUCAGUUUCUCAAAAGUGUUA